GAUCUGACCGGCGGAGGAACCAGUGAAAAGAUGAGAGCAGGAUGGUGUCAGAUGUGUGACGACCCUGGUUCUCCUCUCCUCUCUGCAGGAGGACAGCUCAGCUCAUCCCUCAGCCUCCAUUAGCAGCAUCAGGAUCCAGCCUGAGGUGUGGAGCCGCCUGCGGAUGUCCCACCUGCAGAUGUAAACAGUGAUGACGCUCACUGGGAAGAUCUAAAAAUCAAAAAAAUAAAAGGAUCUGAAAGCAGAAGGAGGGAAGCUCUCCAAACACGGAAGAGGUCGUCCUUCCUCACUGCAUCAUCCUCAGAGAGCUGAAGCCUGUCCUCCCCGGCCGAGGAUGGGCACAGCAGAAGCCACUUUACGCAUGGACAGCAUGGAGGUCAAGGACGAGUGGCAGGACGAGGACUUCCCCAGGCCUCUACCAGAAGAUGGAGAUGUUGAUUCUUCCUGUGGCCUCACCGACAACAGAAAAUACCCCCCCGCCUCUCUGAAUGUGGGCGAGAGCGUGGCGCAGCACAAGCGUCGCACCCUGGUGGCCCCGGACAUGAACCUGUCCCUGGAUCAGAGCGAGGGCUCCGUGCUCUCUGACGAUUACCUGGAAACGCCCGACGACCUGGACAUCAACGUGGAGGACAUCGAGACCCCCGACGACACCGACUCUCUGGAGUUCAUCAACAACGGCAACGAGCUGGAGUGGGAAGACGACACGCCGGUGGCCACCGCCAAGCGUCUUCCAGGCGACAGCGAGGAGGAGAGAGACUCGUCGGGUCGUCUGUGGAGAACGGUGAUCAUCGGUGACCAGGAGCAGAGGAUCGACAUGCAGGUCAUCAGGCCGUACCUGAGGGUGGUCACACAUGGAGGUUAUUAUGGUGAAGGUCUGAACGCCAUCAUCGUGUUUGCGGCCUGCUGCCUUCCUGACAGCAGCUGUGAGGACUACACGUACAUCAUGGAGAACCUCUUCCUAUAUGUGGUGAGCAGCCUGGAGCUCCUGGUGGCAGAAGAUUACAUGAUCGUUUACCUGAACGGAGCCACUCCUCGCAGGAAGAUGCCCGGCAUCAGCUGGCUGAAGAGAUGCUACCAGAUGAUCGACAGGAAACUGAGGAAGAAUCUGAAGUGUCUCAUCAUCGCUCACCCCACGUGGUUCAUCCGCACCGUCCUCGCCAUCUCAAGACCCUUCAUCAGUGUGAAGUUCAUGGAUAAAAUCCGCUACGUUCACUCACUGACGGAGCUGAGUCAGAUCAUCCCCAUGGAGCAUGUGCAGAUCCCAGAGUGUGUGCUGCAGUACGAUGACGAGAAGAUAAGAGCACAGACGGAAAGACUUGAGCAAGAUCAGCAGCACAACAACUCAACAGCAGCUAAAGAAAGGCCAAAGUCAAUGAUAGCAGAUGUUGGAUGUGACAUCUGACAUUAAGGGUUUGAGAUGGAAGAGGAACAUUCAUUCAUUACUGCAGGAGAACUUCACAAAUCAGUCCCGACUGGAUUCACCGGCUGCAAGACAAUCAUCUUUCAAAAUGUCCUUCGUUGCUCCUAUAACUGAAAGUUCAUUUGCACCAAAGGCAUCGACACACAUACGUCAAAACUAAAUCCAAAAAAGUUGUUUCUGCUCCCUGCAUGACGAGGUGAGCUUCAUCCACAGCAUGACCUCCAUCGUAUAAACAUCUAUGGACUCUGACGAACCUUCAAACAUCAUCCGACAGAGAACGUUGUGUAAAUAAAUGUUGAUAUAUAUUUUUGAGAAAGGUGUUUGCACAGAUAUUUUGUUUUUAUAUAUAUACAUAUAUAUAUAUAUGGAUGAUAUGGAAUGGGUAUCGUGAAGUUUACUGAAAAAUAACGUGCAAUGAUAUUGUUCUUAGACCGACAGUUAGAUGUUACCGAUGCAAAUGUGUUGCAGUUCUCAAAGUUUUUCCAGAGUUGAAUAUGCAGGUGGCAUGCUCGUUCAUAAAGUCACAUGUUACGUUUGUUUUGCCAUCAUGUUUUAAAAGAUACUUUUACAAGACAGAUGCAGAUGAACCCAAUGAACUAUAUUUGAGGGGAGAGUUUAAUUAAUUUCUAUAAGUGUUAUUUAUGAAAAUGUGCCAUUUACUGUUUGUAAAAAAAAUUAAA